AUGUUUGCUGCAGAUGACAGCAAUGUUGUCCUUGACUUAGGGCCGCCAAGUGAAACCUGUGCUUCUUGCCGUGCAAUGGUGUGGCCGGCGGAGUUUACAGGCCGCCAUGCUAGUCCAGUCCCAAAAUCAUAUUCAAUAUGUUGUGUUGCAAAGGCAUUUUUUUAUGGAAGUCGAAUGUUUAACACUGUUUUUGCAUUUUGCUCAUUUGGCGGAAAGGUGGAUGACUCUAUCAACUCUGGCAUAGGUCCCUAUGUCUUCCGGGUGACAGGGCAAGUGUAUCAUAAUUUUGGAUCUUUAAUACCGCCAGAUAGAACUACCCCCAAGUUUGCACAAUUAUAUAUGUAUGAUGGGCAGCAUGCAAAUGAACAUAGGCUCAAUUUCACACAGAGUCCGGACGAUGUUAAUAGAUCUAUUAUUGCGAUCCUUGCAAACAUGCUGAACCAGAACAAUGCAUUAAUCAGAAUAUUUAGCCAGGUCAGGGAGCGGUUUGAAGGAAUGGAGGAACUUCUGGUUCGGUUGAGAUUGUUUGAGAGGCGAGCAACCGACGGUCGGUUCUGUAACAUGCAGUCCGAGGAGGAUUAUAAAAUUGACACUGUUGUCGCCGAAAACAACUUUGAAUUUGCUGCCCUUGUUGUGGACAACGACUUUGCGAAUAAGAGGGAUAUAGUGGUUCAUAGUAAAAGUCAAGGACUGCAGUUUCUGGUUGAUGCAUGGUGUUCUGUGGAAAGAACAAGCUUUAAUCGUGGGGACAUCCUCGCAAGUGAUAUAGGAAAACACAUAAUUUUGCCUUCUAGCUUCACUGGGGGUUACAGAUACAUGCAGCAAAACUUUCAAGAUUCACAGGCUAUCUGUAAAGAAUACGGACAUCCAGACCUCUUCAUCACGUUUACCUGCAACCCAAAAUGGGAUGAAAUUCAGGCGGCAAUUCAGCUUUCAUCGUCACAUGACGCCUCUAUUCGUCCCGACAUUUGUGCUCGGGUAUUUAAAAUGAAGCUGGAUGCUAUGAUUGCUGACUUGACAAAAAACCGUGUCAUGGGCCGUGCGCUGGCAGUGGUCUACAUAGUGGAAUUUCAAACACGAGGUCUGCCACAUGCCCAUAUUGUCUUGUGGCUGGCGGGUGGAGACAAAAUAGCAGAGACCGGGGACAUUGAUAAAGUAAUUUCUGCUGAGAUACCAGAUGAGCUUGCUGAUCCGGUCGGAUAUAAAAUAGUAUCACAGCUAAUGAUGCACGGACCAUGUGGCUCUGCAAACCCUAAAUGUCCAUGCAUGGUUAAUGGUCGUUGUUCCAUAUACUAUCCCAAACCUUUUAACGGGGCAACUGUUAUUGAUGGCGAUGGGUACGCCCAGUAUAGAAGGAGAGAGGACGGCCGAACCAUCAAGCGUGGUAAAAUUUACCUUGACAACAGGCAUGUGGUUCCUUACCAUCGGGGGUUGCUUGUAAAAUAUCAAGGCCACAUAAAUGUUGAAUGGUGCAACAGAACGUUGGCAAUUAAAUAUCUUUUCAAAUACAUCGGCAAAGGGCCAGACAUGGCCACCGUUCUCAUGGAAAGGGCUGACCGACAACCUGCAAAUUUAGAUCACCCAACAACUUCUGCAUCGGAGGGCGCACAGCAUAAUGAGCGCUUGUACUUCCACCUUGAAAACGAGCAGGAGGUCACAUUUCGUGAUGACGAGACCUUACCUCAGGUUGUCCAGAGAAUUGAUCCAGAUGGAACAAUGUUCAUACAAUGGUUACUAACCAAUCGUUCCGAUGAGCUUGGGCGAGACCUAACAUUUGUCAAAUUCCCAAAAAGGUUCCGGUGGGAUUCAUCUUCACGUCGUUGGUUUAGGAGGAAACAAAGUAUUGACGUUGUUGGUAGAAUGGUUUACGCUCAUCCUGCAUCUGGCGAACGAUUUUAUAUGCGCCUGUUAUUGAACAGUGUGACGGGACCCAAGUCUUUCGAGGAUAUUAGAAGAGUGGGUGAUGUUGUUUAUAAUACAUAUAAAGAGGCAUGCUUUCACCAGGGGCUCCUAGACUCAGAUAAGGAAUGGCAUAUCGCGCUUGAAGAUGCCGCCGUCUAUGCCAGUGCAGCGCAGCUACGUGGCUUAUUUGUGACAUUAUUGGUGUUCUGUGGUGUCAGCGAUCCAAAGGAGUUGUGGGAAAAACAUUGGUGUGCUCUCUUCGAUGAUGUGGAAUACACUCGAAGAAAAAAGUUAAAUGUGCCGACUCUUAAAAUAAGUGUCGCUGAUAAGCAAAUGCUGACACUUGAGGCAAUUGAUGAGUUACUAAAACAAUAUGGAAAGAAAUUGGUUGACUCUCCUGGCCUGCCACUGGUGGAUAGAGCAACCACAAACAGAUACAGAAAUGACUUACUGAUUGAGGAAAUGAUGUAUGAUCGAGCUGACCUUAGCGCCAGAGUGGAGAAUAUAAUCCGUUGCUUAAAUGACAAGCAGGGGUUCAUUUUUCACAAAAUUCUUAACUCAGUGGAACUUAAACUUGGAGGCCUUUAUUUUGUGUAUGGCCCUGGGGGCACAGGCAAGACAUUCUUGUGGUCAGCACUCAUUUCCAGAUUAAGAGGUCAGGGGAAGAUUGUGCUAGCUGUUGCAUCAUCUGGUAUUGCUUCGCUUUUGAUGGAUGGCGGCCGAACAGCGCAUUCACGAUUUAAAAUUCCACUACAUAUAGAUGAGUUUAGUUGCUGCGAGAUCAAACAGAAUACAUAUCUUGCAGAACUCAUAUGCGAAGCCAGCAUGGUCAUUUGGGACGAGGCACCCAUGACUCAUCAUCAUGUUUUCGAAGCAGUAGACCGCACAUUUCGUGAUAUUAGAUCCAAAGUCAGCCCUGAUGCGGCAGACAUGCCUUUUGCCGGCAUAACUAUGCUACUCGGAGGUGACUUCAGGCAGGUCUUGCCGGUCCUCCCAAAAAAGGGACGGCAGGAGGUUGUGGGUGCAAGCAUCAGCAAGUCCAAAUUAUGGAAUUACUGCACAUUAUUCGAAUUGGUGGAUAACAUGCGGAUUGAGAAAGAUGUCCCACCAAUCACCAUUGAUGGGGAAACAAUGGUGUUCAGAGAUUGGGUGUUAGCAUUGGGUAAUGGAACUCAACAAGCCUUUGCUUUUGACAACGAAAUGGAGGCCACAUGGGUAAAAAUUCCAGAAGAGGUCUUGCUGCAGACAAAGGUAGAUCCUGUGCAAACAAUUGUCGACAAAAUAUAUGACAGACUGUGUGAGAAGCCUUCUGACAUUGAAUACAUUCGUGAGCGCGCGAUAUUAACUCCCCUCAAUGAAUAUGUUGAGACUGUUAACAAUGAGGUCCUGCAGAGGCUGCCAGGAGAGGUUAAAAUUUAUAGAAGCUAUGACAGUAUUUCUAAAGGAAGCACAAACAUGGUCGCAGACGAGAUCUUAUACCCUCCGGAGUAUUUGAACUCCUUGAAAUUCAGCGGCCUCCCUAAUCAUGAACUGAAGAUUAAGGUGGGUGCGCCUAUAACGUUGCUGCGGAACCUUAAUCCCAAAAAGGGCUUGUGUAACGGGACACGGCUUAUCGUGACCAGGUGUUAUCAAUUUCUGAUAGAGGCGCAGAUCAUAACUGGCAAUAAGAUCGGGGGGAUCACAUUCAUACCGAGAAUCAGUAUGUCGCCAUCUGACAAUACAUUCCCAGCACCAUUGAAGCGCAAACAGUUUCCGGUAUCAGUAUGUUAUGCUAUGACAAUAAAUAAAAGUCAGGGUCAAACGGUUAAGAACGUCGGCCUUUACUUGCCAAAGCCUGUAUUUAGCCAUGGUCAGCUUUAUGUGGUGGUUUCAAGGGUGGCAUCCCCGCAUGGCUUAAGAAUUCUUUGUGUCGACGAUGAGGAGGCACAUGCAGGGGACACGAAGAAUAUAGUGUACCGCGAAAUAUUUGAUGAGUUGAGCAGAGACCCAGGCAAUGAAGAAUAUUGGGUAGUCGCGCCCAUUUUGGAUAAAGGAAAGCUAUUCCCAGAGGCAUGUGCCGGACUCCUCUACUGGGUCCACGAUUUCAAAAUUGUUCACACCGCCCCUGCUGUGAAUCCCAUUAAAACAGGGAAAAUGUUGUUGUUUGGGAUGAACACCGGCCUGCUCGAUUUCGUCGGAGGCAACUCAAUUAUUCCCUGCAAGUUAGACAUGUGCGAAAGGCCAAUGGAUAGCUCAACGCUGGAGAACGAUAACGUCCUGACUGGCAAGGUGUACCUGUCAUCAACCGCGGCAACAACUUUCGACUUCAACCCAAAAUGCGCGCACGCGAUGCAUCUUUCAUCAAAGGUGGCUGAUGCGGUUCACGAAUUCAUAUGCGAUGUCCCUUCUGAAACACCUAUACAAAUUCGUGGAACAGCGAACACCGAUCAGCUUUACAAAAGUCUGAAUGCGUUAGUCACAGAAACACUAUGGGCGCAUCAGAAGGAAACUGAUCCCGGUGCUCGUAAGGGAUGGAGACAUUCUAGCCAAACCAUUGAUCACGGGAAAGGGCCUAAGCAGCUUACAGGAAUGCACGUCAACGAUUACAUCAAAUAUUACUCGAUGGCCAAGGACGUCUACGCUGUUCCAACACGGUUGAAAAAGAUUAGGGGCGCAACAUGUUCUAUAAGGGUUGAGCUGUUUCCAUCAAAUUACUCCAACACGACAGGUAAUAUCAUCAUCAGGGAGAUAUGCCAGUACACUCAGUUAAUAAAAAGCUUUUCAAUGGGCGGACAUGUUGACUGA